CUCAAACAAUGGCAUACACACAAAGCACUCAACUCAUCCCAAGAAAAGUAGUGACUGAUUCAUAAAAUGGAGAAGAAGAAUGUUGUGGUUGUGGCGGUGUCCUCUGUCGUUGCCAUCUUCGGCAUCUUAUCUGCUGCUUUAGCUUUCGGUGCUGAGGUUACCAGGGUCAAGGCUUCUGAAGUUGUGAUGAUUAGUGCUGAAUACUGCAUAUAUCUCGGGGAUCGAAGUAGUCCGGCUUCGGGUCUUGCUGUAGGUGCAGUGGUGGCUCUUGUGAUAGCACAGAUAAUAUUGAAUGCUGCAAACGGGUGUUGGUGUUGUUGUUCCAGAAAACCUCCUCAUGCCAAGCGGAGCUGUGUAGUUCUCUGCAGUAUUUUGUCAUGGGUUACAUUUGUUGUUGCAAUCCUCCUUUUGGUGAUGGGUGCUGUCUUUAAUAAUGUACAUAAGAAGAGCGGAUACAGCGAUAAUUACUCGUGCCGUGUUGUUAAACCAGGAGUAUUUGCGGCGGGUGCAAUCUUAUCCGUCGCAAGCAUUGCAACUGGGAUCACCUAUUACCUUCUCUUAGCUACAGGAAAGAGUGCCGGCAGCCCUUCCGAUAACUCGUCGUAUCCUAACCAGGGAGCCAUAGCCACCGCACAACCACAGUUCAAAUGAACGGUCCAGUAUAGUACUUGCUUUUAGUUGUCUGAAGAAGAGUUUUAAAAUUAACAAACGUUUGUGUUGGAGUAAUAAUGUUACCACUGUUGUGUACAAUUUUUCGUGCAUCUUCUACUUUUUGGUAUUAGAACUUAGAAGUGAUCCAUAGAAAGAUGAACAAGAAAAAGUACACACAGUAUUUGUGUGUUUUUCAUUUCCUUUUUGUCUUUUACCGCACCUUUUCUACUUCAAAAUUA